GCUAAACAUGCUGUGCUCAUUUCUAGAAAUCCAAAAGGUUUAAAAAUGUCUUUUGUUGUUGUUUUUGUUGUGGUAAACCAUCUUUACUCCAUGAUCUCUGAAUAAUUCACAUCACUUUGAUCAGGUUUUCAUCUGAUGGGAUUCGGUGAGCUUGCAGGAUACCAUGGGGCGUAAUGCAGCAUUCCUGCUCUUCUGGGGAAUCUUGAACUCCUACUUUCCUCCGGACUGCUGCCAAACCGACUCUAAUUUUACUACCAGUUCUUCUCCAAAUCUUUACAUGACUGUUUCUCAAAGCACUGCAUCUCAAACAAUGGAGCCCUUAACCAAUGGGAGCAGUUCUUCAGGAAGCGCUAAAACAACUAGCAUGGACACAUCAACGACAUCCGAGACACCUACACUGACUCCGAGUCAUGAGGAUGAAAAUGAACCCAUUACAUCCACUGAUGACCAAACCUCACACAUAUCCAAUUCUUGGACCACUGGAACAUUAACUGGUACCCAAAAACCUGAGCCAACAACUGAAACCUCAACCAACAGAGAGCAGACGGCAUUUUCUGAAUCAACAAUUACAGCGAUUUCCCCUACAACAACUCCCGACUCGAGUUCAUCCAUCUUCACAACAAGCUCAGAACCAAACCAGCUCACUAUCAGAAGUACAACCGAGACUUACUCCACCAUUCAAGCCACUACACAACCAAUGAACACUUCUGACUCACCAAUAAACUACCAAAGCACUGCAACUCAAACAAUGGAGCCCUUAACCAAUGCCACUUCACAUGGGAUCAGCUCAACAGAAAGCACUACAACAACUAGCACGGACACAUCAAUGACACUGACUCCGAGUCAUGCAAACCAUGAUUCAAUUACCACCACUGUUUCCAAUACACAGAAUGAUGCAGAGCAAACCUCAAACAGCAAUAUGUCUAUUUCUUGGACUGCUGGAGCAUUAAAUGGUACCCAAAAACCUGAGCCAACAACCGAAAGAAGUGUCAUAAAACAGACGGAAUUUUCUGAAUCAACAACAAUGAUUGCACAUACAACAACAACUACAGGCUCUUCAUUUCCAUCCCCUGUUGCGUCCUCUGGAACAUCACACUCCACUACGACGACGACACAACAGCUUGAGUCAUCAGACCACACUCAAGUCUCCAUCACAUCAAAUGAAUCGACAGCAACAACGAUUGCCCCUACACCAACUCCAGACUUGAGUUCAUCCAUCUUCACAACCAGCUCAGAACCAAAUCACUUUGCAACGAGAAGCACAACCGAGUCUUACUCCGCCAUUCCAGCCACUACACAACUGAAGAACACUUCUCUCAGUGACACUUCUGACUCACCAUCAAUCUACCAAUCUACAAAUGAAUUAGAUACUACGUCUUUCAGCCACCUGCAAACACAAAUGUCUCAAACAAUUGCUGCUGCCUCUGCACUUCUUCAGACUACAUCGUCGCAAAUCACACCAACCAAUGCAAAGAUUACAGAGCCUUCUGUUACAACCUCAACUUCCUCCAGCAGAAGUGUCACAGAUCAGACGGCAUUUUCUGAAUACACAAGGACAAUGACUGCAGGAUUUCUGUCCUCUGACGCAUCUUCUGGAACAUCACACUCCACUGCGAACACAUCACAACAGUCACCAGAUCACACUCAAACCUCCAUCACAUCAGAUGAUUUGGAUUCUACGUCUAUCACGGCAGAGCCUUCAUUUACAACCUCAAUGUCAGCUACAAAUACAAAGCAAACUUCCCAAAGUGCAACAGAGCCGACGGAGGAAUCAUUAACAAUUGACCCACCGGAUGACACAACCGAUACUGAAAUAGCAUCGACUAUCAAAACACCUGUGGAAUCGACUACAAAUGCAAUUUCAGCCGUCGACGACACUGCAUCAGCCACAGAAAAUAACACUGAACAUUUAACUGAUGUGUUUUGGUCCUCUUCUGAUAACACAACAUGGAAUGAGUUUACAUUGAUAGACGACUUUAAUAGCACACUGAUAACCUUAAAUGAAACAACAUCUGAGUCAUCUCAAUCAGAAAGUCUGCCAACUGACGGUCAAGAAACUCUGACACCUGUGAUGGAAUCGCAAUCAUCUCAGUCCGCAACAACUGACGCAACUCUAAAUCCAAGUCUGGUUACUUCCUCAGACUCAACAACACUUGUUGAGACCUCAAGACCUGUCAUAGCGGCACAAGUUACAGCUACACCUAAAAUCCCCAACCCAGAGCACUCGCAAACACCUGUAACUGCUUUCACAGCAUCAACAUCUACAACAACACCAACGCCGGGAACAGUUUCAAGACAAGCAAUGACACCUGAUUCAAAGCCCACAUCUAUGAACACGCCCUCAAUGUUUCUGACCACUCAGGAAAAUCAGAAAACGAACACAAACGCCUCCUUAAACCCAUUUUCUCCAGCAUCUCCUCUCACAGCCACAAGCAGUGACCCUAAACCUGUCACCACUCCAUUAGCUGAGGAACACAAAGGCUCAACUGUGGGCAUAUCAAUUCAAACAGCGCUAAACAGGUCUGAUUCAGAAGGCACUACAAUCACAGACACCUGGUCAAACAGCAUAUCUUCAACACCAGCAGGUCUAACAAACCCACCGUUAUCAAGCAACACCAGCAGAGACGGAAACGCAGAUGAUUCUGCAAACUCAGUGAAAAGCACCAUUGUUUUUGUCUUCAACAUUCCCAAAGUACCUGUGUUUAAAAUAAUCACCUUCAAUCACCCACUGGUUAAUCAAGUCACAGUCAUGAACACAGUUUUAAGACCAUGAAACGGUCACAUAAAAUGACUUCAAAGCAAAGUGGGUGAUUUAGAGAGCAUAUAUUUGGCUCCUUGUGUACGUGACAAUUGCGGAAGAGUCAAAAAGAGAAACUUCCAGCUAAAUGCAUCUUAAUGGAGAGAGAUUGGGAAUAUAAGGAAUGUAGAAGCCAAAAUGUUUUUGUGGUUACUUAACAGACAGGAAGGCAAUGUCAAUUAUUUCAACGUCAAGCAGACCAUACUGUAUGACUACAUGCUUUAAAACAAGCCAACAACAACAAAACAAAAAAAUUGAAACCAAAACAAAUGAGACGGGAGAACAGGUGUAAUGUUUUAUGAAGACUAACUUUCAUUUCAACAAUCCAGGUAGGGGCGAACAAUUGACGCGUGAGUCUGUAGCGUAGCUUCUUAAUCAUUUAUUUUCGCAAAACAACAAUCCAUAAGAUCAACAGUUGAACCAUAGCUUCACCGCUAAACAUUAGCACACACAGCCACAUGAACACACGGUCUGAAAAUUGCAUCCGCUUCCCCCCUACUCACCCCACCUACUUCCUUACCUACACUAAAUACACAAUUGCAAUAAUAUAAUAAGAGUCUCAAUUGACAAUUUCAUACCAUUCAAUGCAAAUACUCAAACACAAACAAUAAUGAUCAAACAUAAACUUAAUUAUAUUCAAAUUAGUAAAUCAGUACAAAAUAUGAAAACAGAAAAAGAAAUGGCUCCAACAUUCCGGCCCGUAAUUGUCAACUUGUGACAAUUCUAAUAAUUCAUUCAAAAAAGGAGCCAUGAUUUUUAACAAAAGUAACAACAACAAAAAAAAGAAAGAAAAAAAUUCAAAAAAUUGGCCAAAAGUGUCAGAGUCUUCUGGUCAGUUUCUUCAGAUGCUCAUGACAUGUCUUUUAGGAAGCAUAAGUUGAUAAUAGGUCUCUCCAUGAUACUGUUCUUUGUCCUCACUUUAACUCUGCGUACAUACCCUUUGCUGUCCAGAAAUGUCUCCAAAAUUUGACCUAAAGGCCAAGAGUUCCGUGGUGAAGUAUCAUCGAUAAUGAGAACAAUAUCACCAGUUUUAAGGUUUUGUUUGCUUUUGUUCCACUUCUGCCUCUUCUGCAUUAGCGGGAGGUACUCUCUAAUCCAGCGUUUCCAGAAAAGGUCGCAAAUAUACUGUACUUGUUUCCAUCUUCUUCCGGAAUAGAUGUCAUCCUUCUGAAAAAUCCCAGGAGGCUAAAUAGGAACACCUUUCAUCUGAAGCAAAUUAUUAGGGGUUAAAGCUUCUGGAUCUUUAGCAUUCUCUGAAACUGCAGUGAUUGGAUGAUUGUUGAGUAUAGCUUCCACUUCACAUAAAGCAGUCUGUAGGCCUUCAUCAUCAAGGGUGUCCUGUCUCAGAACGGAGUAUAGGAUCUUUUUGAGAAUUCGAAUGAUUCGUUCCCAUACACCUCCAUGAUGAGAACCUAAAGGAGGAUUGAAAGUCCACUUCACAUUCUCUCUCAGCAGUACCGUCUGUAUUUUAUCUUGGUUGAUGUCAGCAAGUGCUUCUCUCAAUUCUCACUCUGCCCCGAUGAAGUUGGUUCCAUUAUCCGAAAUUAUCUCCUUGACUUGACCCCUUCUACACGUAAAUCUUCUGAGAGCACAACUACAGGAAUCUGUGUUCAGAGAAUAGGCCACUUCAAGAUGAACAGCUCUUAAAGCAGGUAAAUAUCACUCCAUAUCUUUUGACAUGAGCUCUCCCCCUCUUCACCUCAAUUGGACCAAAGUAAUCGAUUCCAACGUGACUGAAAGGUGGUAAAUCAGGAGUGAUUCGAUUUAGGGGUAAGUCUGACAUCUUUUGUUCACUUGCAGAUCCAUGCCAACAUCUACAGAAAAGGCAAUCUCUGAUGACUUUCCUGGCAGUAGCAUUACCUCUGGUAAUCCAGUAUCUUUUAUGGAGUUUAGCAAGCAGUUGGCUUCUACCACAAUGACCUGACAUAUUGUGAAUAUGGUUCGUUAACAGUCUACACAGAUGACUAUUGUUGGGUAGAAUAGCUCAGUGUUAAUUUU